AUGAAAGUUCAUAAGUUUGUAACAUCUGGACCGCCCCAAAACCGCAAACACGACUCCAAGGCCCCUUUGCACGUGCGCAGGAAGAUCAUGUCGCAGCCACUGUGCAAAGAGCUGCGACAGAAACACAACGUCUGCUCAGUGCGUAACCUCAAAGAUGACGAGGUCCAGGUGGUUCGAGAGCACUACGAAAGUCAGCAAGUUGAAAAGGUGGUCCAGGUGUACAGAAAGAAAUACGUCAUCUACAUCGAGCGGGUGCAGCGGGAUAAGGUCAAUGGUAUGGCCAUCCAUGUGGGCAUUCAUUCCAGCAAGGUGGUCAUCACCGGGCUAAAACUGGACAGAGAUCAGAAAAAUGUUCUUGAGCGUAAAGCCAAAUCUCGACAAAUUGGAAAAGAGAAAGGCAAACACAAGAAAGAACCUAUCGAGAAAACGCAGGAACGAGUGUGA